AUAACACUCUGAUCAGGGCAAGCCUUGGUCAGAAAUUCCGAAUAUACAAAUUUUCAUAAAAUUGCUGUUUUCUUCGUAAGCUGAUGGUUUCUAUAUGAUCACAUGCCUUAAAUUCGCUUUCAGUUAGGGCUCGCCACUGUGACGGAAGACUCCCAGUGGCCAGCAAUGGACGUAGGCCAACGUCAGCGCAUCCAGUUUGCCCGCCGAACAUAUCUAUUUUUGUUGAUAUUUCUGCUACUAGCCUUGGUGCAGUGGGCCCUGGUUGGUUUGGUAGAAAGUGCUCGUGAGACACUCCGUAACAGUAAAAUAUUUUGCUUUGUUGCCUUCGUCCUGGGCAUUUUACUGUUUCUCGUGUUCUUGCUGGUCGGACAAGUGCGGUACUUCAAAAUUGCCAACCAUAUUGUGGCCUUUGUCAUCGUGGAGCUGCAAACUGUUGCGAUGUUCUUGCUGGUAGCCCACACCUGGCUGCCAGAAAUAAUUGUGUACUUCUUGAUCUGCUUGGGCUGCUUCGCGUUGUUCCUGGUCGUUGGAUGCAACCUGCCAUUCUCUAUGGAUCUGACCGAGCGCGUGGCCCACCUUUUCAUAGUGACCUUCGUUUUACUGCUUGUCUCUGUGUAUUUCCUAAUAGUGCAUGUCCAUGUAACGAAGUUGCUGCCGUACGCAUUUCUAAUCUUCGAACUGAGCCUCUCGGUGGUUGUGUUCUUGUUUGUUAUGCUCCAGGCUCAGACCAUCAAGGGCGAUCGCUUUGCCCAGAUGAGUGACCGCGACGCUCUCCUGGCCUCAUUGAUAUUGUUUCACGAGUUCCUGGCAGUUUACACCUUGACUUUUUUUUGGCAAAUCACCUAUGCCUACUUCACGCCCGAAGACUACUCCCGGGUCACGGAGAGUGCCAAGCAAUACGCUGCUCAUCACUACGGAGACGGAACUGAAAGCGGCGAUGCCAGUGGCUUAUCUGUGAGUAUCAAAGCCUUUGCACACGUUAAUGAAGCUGACGUGGGCGAUGCUAAGCCCUGGAAUGGUACUGGCACUCCCCGAUAGAACGGUCAUGCGAUCACAGAUACUCGUGGUGGCGAAAAAUCUCCCAAGAGUACCGAAGUCUACGAAGAGGAUGGCGAUUUGUACGGAUGUGUACACACAAGUAAAUGUUUAUCUACAAUGUUUUCAAUAAAGCUUUACAGUUGUUUGUCGAA